AUGAGUACCUCACUUACGAACCGUGCUCAAUCGGCUAGUGCUCGAACAGUUCGUCGAUCUUCUACUAAUAAUCAAGCAUCUCAAUUUCAACAACGUCCUACUACAAGCGUUGGUACUCGUCGAUCUCAUACGGAUGUAUUCAUUACCGAGUCAACAAGUCCAUUUGAAUUAUCCAUUUCUCCAGAAGAAAGAAUAAGUCAUCGACGAUUAAAAAGUGCUCGAACAUCUAGAUCUAAAAUUUCAGCAUCUACAUCAAGAACACUCCAAUUAGAUGAACUAAGAGAUCUUUUACAAAGUAAUGCACAAGGCAAUCCAUAUACCUGUAAAAUUGAUUGUUUGGCUAGUUUUCAGAAACUUAAGGACUGUCUUAAUUUACGAACCACACCUAUGGAUUAUAGAUUACUAUAUGAUUUAUACAAACUUGAAAAUCGUAUUAUACAAGCAAAUGCUUGCAAUGAUCUACGUUUUCGUUCGUUGAUCGAUACUCUUGUACCUAUAUAUGUUAUUGAAGUUGAAGAAGAAGAGGAGCAACAACAACAACAACAACAACAAAAGAAUAUCAAUCAGAAAAAAACUGUCAAGUGCUGA